AUGACAGUCUCAACUUUGAAUAUGACACCGUAUUUCGCUGGAUAUCCCUUCCAAGGUCAAGGACGCGUUAAUCAACUCGGCGGCGUCUUCAUCAACGGGCGCCCACUACCCAAUCACAUUCGCCGCCAGAUUGUCGAAAUGGCCGCUGCCGGCGUACGUCCUUGCGUCAUCUCUCGCCAGCUGCGCGUUUCGCAUGGCUGCGUUUCGAAGAUACUAAAUCGUUACCAGGAAACCGGCUCCAUACGUCCGGGUGUAAUUGGCGGCAGCAAACCACGCGUCGCCACUCCCGAUAUUGAGUCCAAAAUUGAGGAGAUGAAAAAUGCCAGUCCGGGCAUUUUCAGCUGGGAAAUACGCGCUAAACUCAUCGAGUCUGGCAUGUGCGACAAAAACACCGCGCCAUCAGUUAGUUCUAUCAGUCGUUUGCUGCGUGGUGGCGCGCGCUCUGAGUCGGGCAGCUCGGCGCACUCCAUCGAUGGCAUUUUGGGCGCAGGCGGUCUGUCAAAUGGUUCCGGCGAUGACAGCGAGGACGAUGCGGAGCCGGGCGUACAAUUAAAACGCAAGCAGCGUCGCUCACGCACCACCUUCUCGAAUGAUCAAAUCGAUGCUUUGGAGCGCAUAUUCGCGCGCACACAAUACCCAGAUGUCUACACACGUGAGGAGUUGGCACAGAGCACCGGCUUGACUGAGGCACGCGUUCAAGUUUGGUUCUCAAAUAGGCGCGCACGCUUACGCAAGCAACUCAAUACCACACAACAAGUGUCGGGCUUUGGCGCUGCCGCUUCGAGUGGUCUCGCUUCGGCGGGUUUCGCUAGCGCUGCUGCCGUUGCUUCGCAGUACCAUUCACAUCACCAUCAUCAUCAUCAUUCAAGCGCCGCCGCUGCUGCAGCUGCCGCUGCACACUCAAUGUCAGCCUCAGCCGCAGCGUUGUCACACAAUCAUUCACAUCAGAUGGGUUUGUAUAGCCAGGCUUGGAAUACUUUUGGCAGUAGCGCCACACAAGCCGCCGCCGUAGCUGCAGCUUCAAAUGUUUUCGAGCCACAUCAGAACUAUGGUCACUCAAGCGGCUCAGUGGCUUCCAUGUCACCGACAAGCAGCACAAGUUCGGCUUCGUUGAGCCCAGUGCAUCAGGCUGGCGCAAAUGUUGGUAACGUCAGUGCUGGCAACAGCAACAAUAAUAUUGGCAGCGGUAACAACUUCACCAACGCUAAUACUAGCUAUGGCAUGUCAUCGGCAGCAGCAACCACAACCACCACAGCUGCCGCGACAGCGGUCAACAGCAGCUCCUCAGCUACCACGGCUGCCUCGUCAACCUCGUCAGCUGCUUAUGCCUCUUCUGCGUCGGCUUAUGGUUUGGGCGCUAGCAAUAGCUUCACGACUGCCACUUCAGCUGAGCAGCUGCGCUCGCAAUUCGCUUCGGCCGCUGCUUCGGGCUCGCAUCAUCCAGCCAUGUCCUCAUGGGACUCCUACAACUUCCCUGGCUCGUUCUUCCCGUCCGGCGCAAAUCACAUGGGUGGCUACUCACAGGGUAUGGGCGAACACAAGUCGGCUGCUGGCGCCGCCGCGGCCUACCCAUAUUUUGGAUUUUAG